AUGCCUUUGGGAAAUCAGGAUUCCGGAGUGACUGGCGCGGCCAAAUUCGUCACAUCGACCCUCGGCAACGCGGUCGGCGGCGUCUCUCGCACUGUUGGCGGGGUGACAGGCGCCGCGGGGCGAGGUAUCGGCGAUACCAUCACCGGCGCCACGGGGAGCGCAGGGAAGCCUGUUGGCGAUGCACUGGGGAGUGUGGGCAGCGGCGUGGAAGAUGGAGCCCGGAAGGUUGCCAAGGGAAUUGAAGAUGCUGGACAGUGGAACUCCGCUACACUUGGUUUUCUGCUACUCUCGCCGAACCCUCCGAUCGUUGCGAUCUCGCGAACGACCUUUUCCCCCCCCGCCUGUCCUCCCCGCCGUUCGUCAGGUUCGAAGAAGCGACCGGGUCUGGAGCAGACUAUCGUGACGAAUUUCUGCUCCCUGUCUCACAUCCGCUAUCCUUCGUCAUCCGGUCAAUUAACUGCGCGGCUGCGAUUGCUGCUCCCCGAAGGCCUGCGUGGCCGCCUCACGCAGGGCCCCUCCGUCUUAACCGAUCCGAUGAUUGCCGCCCGCCGCUGA